AUGAGCGCAUUGGUGACGCAACUGGAUGCCCCAGUGACCGUUCCUAACAAUGCCACCUUAUGGACCAUGGAGUGGGCUCAAUCUGAAUGCGAGAAGAGCCGGCACAACACAAAUGCACACACCCACCUUUGGCUGAGUUCUGUAGAUGGCAGGGGACAUCAGGCAAAGAGCGAUGAAGGGAUAGGACAGGAGAAGCGCACUGUAAGGAGAAGGUGGUUGGAAGAAAAAGGAGACAACCAGGAGACAACAGCCAAAACAUUUCAACCAACAUCAUGUGACAUCGGGUUGCCGUCCGAAUCGGAUUCUGGCUCCGACUCCAUGAUUUUCAUCCAAGUCAAAUCCAAGUCCCAUCGGGCUGCUCAACGUUCAAUGUUCAAGAUUUUCCAUGUCGAAUGUAGAAAUUUGUGGUUUCAGUUACUGAGUGAAAAGGAGGACAGUCUUAUAACUGGAAAAGACAUGAUGAUGUCCAUGGAUAAAGAUUGUAUCUGGGAAAAAUUGAAGCUGCUCCGGAUUCUUGAUUUGGGAUCUAACCUGCCUUGUUGGCCAUCCACAAUUCCAUUUUGGGCUAAAACAGCUUUGCUUACUUCCACCACCUCCUCAGUCACCGUCUCCACCAUCACACGUACCUCACUCGUUCACGUCGUACAUUUUGAACGUCUGAAGAUCACUGGAUGUUUUAAUUUGAUACUUCGACAUCCGCAGAUCGCUAUCACACGGCUGGUCACCUGUUCUUCAAAAUGCGCUUCUGCUGCAGUGUCCUCUGAACUGCUGCUACCAUGUUUUAUCUCUACAACAUAUCCCCUUGCUAUUCAAAUUCGAUUUUUCGAGUUCCGGCAAACACCCUCACCCACCGUCCUAGACCUCACAUUUCUGGUCAUUGCUACGUGGCAGCAGCAUGUAGUUCUGCCCAUUGUUUUCUUGGCAUUGCUUCACCCCAUGGUUCAAAUUCGAUUUUUGGAGUUCCGGCAAUCACCCUCACCCACCUUCUUAGACAUCGUUCACUAUUGCAAUGGUUUUUUGAUUUUUCAAAGUCCCGCCAUCGCUACGUGGCAGCAGCACAUAGUGCUGCCCAUUGGUUCCUCGGCAUUGCUUCGUUCACUGUUCGAAUUUGAUUUUUCGACUUCAGGCGAUCACCCUCACAUUAUUCCAAAGAUCUUUUCAUGCCCGCUUACCGCUACGUGGCAGCACAUAGUGCUGCCCAUGGUUUUCCCUCCAUCGCCCAACAUUCCAAUUCGAUUUCUCGAGUUUUGGAGAUCACUCUCACGCCGCUCAAUAUCUUAUGCAUCGUGCAACCUACGCAGAUCUGGUUCAUCUUUGCGGGGAAAGACUACGAGGCAGCAUGUAAUGGUGUCUGUCUCGAUUUGGUUUUUCACAAACAAUACCCAUGCCGACACUGGUAUAACUAUAUCUCUCGCCACGUUGCCCCUGCCCACAUCGACGCGCAAUUCAUUACGCAAACAAGAUAUAUCAACAUUGCUUUGGCCACAUAACUUUCCACCUUACCCAUGCUCACGCGCAAUUAUUCUCCUUGCGUCUCCAUUUGGCUUUUUGCAUACAACAUCUGAUCUUGGCGUUGACGCUAUGUGCUUCGACACGUAG